AAUUAUAUGUAUUCUUAAUCGAAUAGUCGUUGCAAAUUUAUGCAAUGCUUGGAAUAUUCAGAUUAUCGAAGAAACAUUGUUCUACUGAAGACAACUGUGAUUUGUGGUUCGAUAACGCGCGGAAUAUCCAAACUCGGGAAGAGUUUUGCUGUCUUGUACAGUUACGCGUGAACAAUCUCAUGCUACUCGGUUAGACAACGACGACGACGACGACAACGACGACGGCACAAUGAUGCUUUAAAGAUAUUUGUGACGAAAGCGUGUCAGAUUUUCUCGUUCAUAAGAUUGUUUCUCUCUCGGACAAUGUCGGUAACCUUCGCACAACGCGGCAGACCACCGCCAAAUCCUGCUCAAGUACAGAAGAUGCUAGAUGAAAAUGGUCAACUUAUACAAAUGAUUCAAGAAUAUCAGAACAAAGGAAAAGUGCAAGAAGUAAUACAGUAUCAGCAGAUGUUACAUCGCAAUUUGGUUUAUCUGGCAUCUAUUGCAGAUGUAAACCAGAAUCUUCAAGCCUUAUUACCUUUACCUCAAGGUAUUCCCAAUGGUCCUCAUGGUAUGAUAAGUCCACAAGGCAUUCCAAGUGGACCAGGUAGUUCACCUGGUCCUGGAGGAGAAAUGCCUCCCAAUACACAGCCAACCAUGCCAAUGUCAACCUUUAAUCAAGGCCAACCAAUGGCCCAAGGUGGUUAUCGCGGACCUGUGAUUGGCCAAGGACCUGCUAUAAAUAGGCCUCCAGCUGCACCAGGUCCGCAACAGUAUAGAGGUCCACAAGGUUAUCCUCAACAGUCAUCUCAACCAGGUUAUCCCGCCCAGUAUACCAGUCAAAAUCCUGGUUCAAAUUAUCAAGGACCACAGGGAUCUGCGUAUUCUCCCGGUCAACCUAAUCAGUACGGACCUCCCAGUACUUCGCAGCAGCAGGGAUACAGUGCAGCAACGCAGCCAAAUUAUGGUCCGCCGACUACAGUGAACAGCUACGGUCCGCAGCCGGGUGGUUACCCGCCGCCAGGCGCGACACCGCCCGCAGGAUACGGACCGCCUCCUCCGAAUCAGCAAGGCUAUCCGCCUUCGAACGCCUCGCAACAAAAUUUUUCAUCAGGUAGUCAACAACAGCAACCAGGACAAUAUGGCAGUCCUAGUCCACAACCAAAUUAUCAGCAGCCUCCGUCCCAAGCGCCACCUCAAAACGCAUACGCCGGACAACCUGGAAGUUAUCCCCCUCCCUCCUCACAGGCGUACGCGAACAAUGUUCCGCCACAGAAUUAUCCGCCACCUCCGACUACCAGCUCGACUCAACCUCCGCAACCUGUGUCUCAACAAAAUGCGGGUCCGCAGCCUAACUAUGUCAGCCAGCCGAGUCCGGGUCCUGGCGCGACGCAGUACGGUCCCGCCUCUACGUCGCCGCCAUUCAGUACCUCCUCGGCGAGCGGCGGCAAUACCUACGCUCAGAGCAGUCAACCGACGAGCACGCCGUCUGCCUCGACGCAGACGUAUCCGCCAAGUAGCGGUCCGCCGCCAACGUCGCAGGGCGGAAGCUACGCGUCCCCGGUACCUCCGUCUCCCUCCGGAUAUCCUGUUCAUCAGUCACCUCACCCGACGUCGCACCCUCCGCACCCACCACCGCCGCAUCAGUCGCCUCAUCAGCCACCGCACGCUCCGCAUCAACCGUCUCACCAACCGUCGCAUCAAUCCUCCCAUCAACCGCCCUCACAUCAAUUACCUCAUCAGCCGUCGCAACAAUCUCAGCAACAGUCGCAAACAGCUCCGCAGACGCAACAGCAACCGUCUCAGAGUCCGGCCCCGAGUGGAUUCCAGCCGCCUUCUGGUCCGCCGCAAGGCCCUGCUCCGCCGCCUGGUCCGCAACAACCCGCAUACGGGCCUACUACUACGCAAACGUACGUUCCGCCGACACCAGGAGGACAGCCACAGAUUUAUAGUCCUCAUCCGCAAGGAGGUCAACAUUACGGCCAUCCACAGUAUCCUCCGCAAAGUUAUCCUCCACCGCCAGGGGGACAAGGGUAUCCGCAGUAUCCUCCACGACCGCCCGGUGGACACAUGCCGCCUCCACCUGGACCGCAAGGACCACCUCCUCCUAAUCAGUACGGAGGCUACGGCUAUCAACCACCCACGCAAUAGAAAACGAAUAGGAAAUAUCAAUAAACUUUCAAAUUUCUCUUCAUUAAGAUUAAAAUGACUUCUGCCUCUCCUCCUCUUAUUCUGCACUUAUAACGACAAUUUUUUUAUCAUAUAUAAAAGUAAAAUUGUUUUUUACAACUUUCAUCGAUUUAAGUGUAUGAAAAUGUAUAUUAAUAUACUUGAGUAAUAUAAAUUCACAGUUAUAUAUAUAUAUAAUUGUUUUUAGAAACAUUUUGAAUUAUUAAAAUGCUUCUAAAAACGUCAUAAAAAAUAUAGGAGAUAUAUAAAUCUUGAUCUCCAUGACAUUUAUGAAUAAGCAUAAUUUGUGAAAUAGCAAAUAUCACUUAUAUAUUUACGAUAUGUAUAGAUAUUACAACUAUACAUAGUACUACAGAUAUACAUAUAAAAAUAGAAAAGUUCAUCGAUAGUAUACGAAAUUAAAAGAGAGUGCGUGCGAAUGAAUGAGUUAAAUGAGUUAGUAACUGAGUGAAUUUUUUGCGUUUAGUGCGCGCAUUGCUUGGAAACUCAUCGUAAAAUAAGACAUUCUUAUCAUUUAAUAACAAAUAAAAUUAAUAUUUCGAGAGUAAGAUCUUGUUUUAAGAAGAAAAGUGUCCUCUUUAGUUUUUAAAGUGGGUAAUACGUAACUUGCAAACGCGGAACGGUGAAAGGAUUUUUAAAGUAUGUAUAAC